UCUGAGGACCCGGGGCGCGUGACCACAGCGCCUGGCUCCUCUGACACCACCACCGCCCUCUGCCUCCAGCUGCUGCUCUGACCUCACAAACACCUCUUGGCCAGGCGGUGGGGAUCCGCCCCAGCCGCUCCGACCCUUCCACCCCUCCCACCACCUGCGGCGGCCAUGAAGGGGACCCCCAGCUCCCUGGACACCCUGCUGUGGGUCUUCCACUAUCACAGCUCCACUGAGGUGGCGCUGCAGCCCCCAAUUCUAUCUUCCCUGGAACUGGCGGUGGCUGCAGCCCAUGAGUAUCUGGAGCACAGGUUCAGAGAGCUGAAGUCCCUGAAGCUGCAGGAGACCAAGGAGCCCAGCCUAGGGCUGGUGCUAAGAGAAGCGGCCGCCAGCCUCGGGAGCUUCAGCGCCACCUUGUUAGAGAUAUCAGCCCUUUGGCUACAGCAAGGUGUGCCAGCACUGGACGGCAGCAACAGCAGCCUAGACCCAACCGCAGACGCCGGAGACCCGGGCGGAGCCCUGGCCCGGGUGGCUCGGGCUGCCCAGCAUGGGGCUUUGCAAGCCAGGGCUGCUGCUGGCUGGGGCGCCAGGCUCCUGGUCCAGGGGGUGUGGCUGUGCCUGUGUGGCCGGAGUCUGCAGGAGUUCACUUCAUUCCUGCAGCAGUGGCGAUGCCAGCUGGGCCUUGAAAUUCCCGGGGAGCCAGUGAGUUUGGGACGGAGGCCAUGUCCUUUGGGGGCUAAAGAUGGGGCUGAGGAAACUGAGCCGGACUGUCCCCCAACAGAGACACUCAGGAGACCUCAAGAUGGUAUCCAGCAGCAGUGAGGAGGACACGGGACCAGAGCACCCAUCAUCACCCUGCUCCACCCGUGUCUAAAUAAAGUCCACCGGGGUGGAAACAGCCGAAAUUUCUCCUAGAGGCGCUGGGCUCUGGCCACGCCCCCUGGCCACUCCCUGUCCCCGCCCCCAGCCCACCUGGCCCCGCCCCCAGCUGGUGGCCCCACCCCCGAGCUGGUGGCCCCGCCCCCGAGCUGGUGACCCCGACACCCACUCUGUCCUCACUUGCCCAACAGCGGCACGCUCAGAGAUGUCUCUGGGGUUUUCUGAGCAAUUAGGAACAAGAAGACAGUCUGGGCCAGCAGGACGUUGAUAGAGACGGUGCAUUUCUGGCCACCAGCUAGAGAGAACCCCCAGUGAGAGCAGCCCCGACUCGCGGGGCGGGACCCAGUGCGGGCGCGGGCUCGCGCUCACCCUGCGCCGGCAGGAAGUAGGCCAGCACCACCAGGCCGGAAAUGAGGACGCAGGGCACGAUGAUGUUGAUGACGUAGAAGAGCGGCUUGCGGCGGAUGAUGAGCGUGUAGACCACGUGCGUCUCCCCCUGGGGGUGCGCAGCGCCGCCCCGGUGGUGGCGGAUCGCCCCCGGGCAGAAGUCGAUGGCCCACUCGCCGUUCUCUGCGGAGGGAGGCGCGGUCGGCCGGGGCGCCCCCUGCUGGCCCUCCAGGCCCGGCGGGGUGGGGAUGCGGUGGAAGGGGCGUCCCGGGGCGGGUGUGGGGAAGGCCCCAGCGAGGAGACCGACUGGCGGGCAGCUGGGCCGCUGACAGCCAGGCUGCGUGUGUGCUAGUGAGAGCGGGCGGCCCGCCCCUGAGCCCCUGAGCGGGACCCUGCCAGCCGGCGCUUCGGGCAGGGCCGGGAGGGCAGGGCAGGGGGGAGCUGUCACCAGUGAAGGCCUCGGUGUCGAUGUCGAUCUUGUCGAUGGGGUCGCCGCUGUCGUCCACAGCGAAGACGAACUCCACUUCUUUGGCGCUGUAAGUCUGCGAGCUGUGAAGGAAGCAGGACGGCCACCCGGCAGCUUGCACCUGCGAAGGCCCCACCCUCUGCCCUGGUCCUGUCUGCGCACCUUAACUCCCUCCCUACUCCGUGUCUUGUUUCUCGUGAUCCUGGGUCCGAGUCUCAUCCCAGCCCUUCCUGCCGUUAUUGAGACGGCUCUGGCCGCCUUGCCCAGGCUUGUCUCCCACGCCCGGCCCAGCGCUCCUCCUGACUCAGCCUCCCUGCAGCCGGGACUGAGGCCGACCUUGAACACCAGCUGCGGUGCGGAGGUCGCGUCCCUGUCUGGCCAGCCCCCGCCAGGCCCCCCACGAUGAGGAGGGGGCGCCGAGUAACCCUCCCACCGGAAGACGAGCGAGCAGUUCUGCCAGUCGAAGGGGAAGUAGGUGACUUCCACGGCGCAGGUGCUGCGGUAAAUGGCGGGGGGCAGCCAGGUCACGUAGCCGCCCUCGUAGAUCAGCACGUUGGCAUCGUAGGCCACGUCGAACUGACCGUCAAUACUGUGGGCUCAAAAAACCGAGUUAUCUCACAACAGGUCCACCGAACCGCGUCCAGGCAGACUGAGCGUCCAGCCCCCCCCCCCCUCCCCGGGCUGGCUGCCCAGAAAGCAGCCUGGCACUCAGACCGCCGGCCCUCACUUGUUUUCCAGCACGAUCUCUGGUAGCCACACGUGGUUGGAAGGGACCCUCAGGGAUUCCACACCCCCGAAGUCGUCCUUGCUGUAGUUGAGUCGGUAAUCCUGCCAGUCCUGAGAAGGGGGGACGGAGGGAGGGCCUUCCUGUGGGGAUGUUCAGGAGGUGCCUGGAGGGGAGGCUCAGGGCCCAUGCCCCCGGAUUACACUCACGAUCCCAAUCCACACGUUGGUGGUGAGGGUCUCCUCCUUCUCGUUCUGCAGCAGAGAGGUUACUUCAGGGCCAGAAGUGCACACUGGAGCAGCGCUCAGCUGGGGCCAGGAGUGGGGCUGGGCUCGGGCGGGGAGGCACUCACCAGGGAGAUGAGGUUGGUCAGGGUGACCUUGAGGCUGACGGUGACCGUGUCCUCCGGCCCCCUCACUGGCCGGCAUUCUGGGUCAUAGUUGUCGAAGAGAUGGUGAUAAAGACUCAGCUCCUGGUUCUUGGUCUGCCCUCUGCCUGCGGUGGGGUCAGGAGAGAAGAUGCUGGACAGGACGGGGUAGGGCCCUCUCCUCCCCUCCAGAUGGCCACAGGUUCCGGGGCUGAGUCUCUCUGCAUCUGUCUCCCGAGCCAGCAGCACUGUGGCUCAGGACUAAAUACCCAGUGCUCAGUCCGUGUCUGGACUCCCUCUCCCCUCACACGGGCAUCUGUCCACUUGCCUCCCCAACCCUGUUCCUACCAAGCAACCCCAAGAGGAACAGGACGCCCAGCAGAGCCCCUGUCAUCCUGCUGUCCGCUUCUCUGAGUUAUUCUGAGCUCUGGCUCACUUGGGUGCCUGUGUGCCGGGGAGGAGGGCGUUAGUUCCGGGCUGGGAAGGGGACUGUCACCUAAUCCUCCUGUCCGCCCCUGCUGUGGCUGAGGCAGCUGCCCCAUCCUGGGCUCUCGGCCCACACCCCGUCCCAGCAUCCUUUGCCCAGUCUUCAGCCAGCUGCCCAGCUGCAGACCCACUCUCUCUAAGAGAUACGGGCUCCGGACAGCACCUGGAGACACGCCCCAGCAGGCACAGGGAUGUGCUUUCCACACACGCCGGUGGUGCCCUUUGAGUCAGCUGCACUUUACGGCAAGACUGCUUGAUGACCAUGUCUAUGGAGGCGGACGCUCCUUGGCUUCCAUACUCACCCAUGUGAAACACACUGUCCCUGUCACCACCCACAGCCUGCCCAUGGCCACGCUGACGCCGUUCCUGUCAGCAGAGUCCGGUGAAGAGGAAACUCCACAGCUACCUGAUACUGAAAGCAGCACUCGCAGGAUCACAGGCGCCAGCUGGCAAAUAAGGUCCUGCUGUGCAAUGCAGGUCCCCCACUUCCUGCCAUAGCCGGGUCCCCAGGUCUGCCUGUCUGGUCUGACCCUUGCCAGGCUUGUUUCCCUAUGCUGUUCCCUGCUGCCACCUUGUGGCCAUUGAUGAUAGUGCUGCCCUCCCCAACCCGCUGUCCAAAGGGCCUGCACCUCAACUGGUCCUGCUGCUUAAAGUCUUGAACCGCUCUCACUGGUCAUCUGGCAAAGAAAACUGAUUUAGGAAGUCGGGAGAGCCGGGGUGCUGUGAAUCCAUAGCUUAAAGAAGCUGCUGGCCUCAAACUGAGCAAUCCUCCCACCUCAGCCUCCCACGGGCAGGGACGGUAGGGGUCCACCACCACCAUGCCCGGCAGAAUACGCACUUUCUAUCCCUUACACCUCAUUUCCUUAUAACACCCCCAACUUCCAUUGUCUUUGGCCUAUCACCCUAAAGACGGGAUGCAAGCCGGGCAUGGUGGCUCACACCUGUAAUCCCAGCACUCGGGAGGCUGAGGCAGGAGGAUCGUUGCGAGUUCGAGACCAGCCUGGGCUACAAAGUGAGCCCAAGACCAGCCCAAACUGCACAGUGAGACCCUGUCUUAAAAAGACGGGGGAUGCGAGUCAGGUGAGGUGACAUACACCCUAAUACAGCGCUUAGGAGGCUGAGGCAGGAGAAUUACUGCCAGUGUGAGCUACAAAGAGGUGAAGGCAGUCCGAACCGCAUAGUGAAACCUGAUCUCAAAACAACCGAUGUAGUGUCCAGACACUGAAAUAUAGCAUUGUCAAGGAAAUGAGGAGGGUGCAGGCAAAGACUGCAUGAAUAAAACCCAGAGUGCAUGGGAACUAUCACAAAGGAUCAACAAUUGGAUGUCAUCCUACUGAAAAGCUUUUGCACAGCAAGAGAAACCACCACCAGAGUGAAGAGCCAGCCCCAAUGUGAGAGAGAAAGUUUGCCAGCAGUUCCUUAGACAAAGGAUUAUUAUUGAGAAUGUAUAAAGAACUCAAAAAAGUCAGUCCUCCCAGAUUUAAAGACCCAAUCAAAAAAUGGACAUCUGAGACAAACACACACUUCUCAGAUGAAGAUAUACAAAUGGCAAACAUGUGAAGAAAUGUUCACCAUCACUGGUCAUUUGAGAAAUGCAUAUUAAAACAGCCCUGAGAUUCCAGCUCACCCCAGAAAGAAUGGCUGCCAUCAAGAAAUCAGGCAAUAACAAAUGCUGGAGGGGUUGUGGGGGAAAGAAGCCCUUCUCCACUGUUGGUGGGAGUGCAGACUGGCACAACCAUUGUAGAAAUCAGUGUGGAGAUUCCUCAACAAACUAGGAUUAGGGGCUGGGGAUCUAGCUCAACAGCAUAAGCACCUGCCUUGCAAGUGCAAGGUCAUGAGUUCAAUUCCCCGGUACCAAAAAACCCCCAAAACCAGGAUUGGAGGUCCCAUUCAACCCAGUUAGGCCCCUUCUGGGUAUCUUCCCAAAAGAAAAACAUGCCAGGUGUGGUAAUGCAUGCCUGUAAUCCCAGCACUCGGAGCCUGAGGCAGGAGGAUCAUUAUGUUGGAGACCAGUCUGGGCUACAAAGUGAGCCCAAGACCAGCCUAAACUGCAUAGCAAGACUCUGUCUCAAAAAGACAAAAUUAAAAACAUACCACAAUGAUACUAUACCCAUGUAUAUAGCAGCAUAGUUUAUAUUAGACAAGUCUUGGAAAAAACCUAAAUGCCCAUGAAAAACCUAAAUGCCCAUCAACUGAGGAAUGGAUAAGAAAGAUGUGGUAUUUCUUUACAGUGGAAUACUACUCAGCCAUAAGGAAUGAUAAACGACAUUUUUAUAGGUAAAUGGAUGUGCUUUGGAUGCAUAUAUAUUAGUGAAAUAAAUGUCACUCAUGUAUAAACAUCAUAUUGUUUCAUUAGUGUGACAUGCUGAAAGAAAAAACAUUAUUUUGUCCCAGAGAAAAUGACUUCACUCAAAACAACUCAGCCCACACCUGCCCUCAUUUUAACUAACCCACCGUGAGCGAUUUUGAGUUGAUUUUUGGAUGUCUUCAGAAAUUUUAGAUGCGCUAUAAGGUUUGGGCUUUUUGCCUGUGGCUAUCCAGUUGUUCCAGUAUAUUUAUUGAAGAUGAAAUCCUUUCUCCACUUAAUUGCUUUUGCAUCUUUGCCAGAAGUCAAUUGUCUGUUACAUGGGUAUUUAUAUUGGUACCCUGGUGGUUUGUCAUGAUUGGUGUAACUUUGAGAUAAGUCGUGGGAUUGGGGAGAGCUGGAGCUCUAAUUUUGUUCCUUUAUCAAAGUUGUUUAGACUAUUCUGAGUCUUGUAUUUCUACAGAAAUGUAAGAAUCAAAAUGUUAAUUUUUAUGAAAAACGAUGUUGGCAUUUUGAUAA